ACAUGCAGGGGAAACCUGAUGUCACAAGCAAGGCCAAUGGUACACCAGCCAUGCCUAAAAUGGGCAUCAGGGCCAGGGCGACAGAAUGGCCAGCGAGAAAAGAUGGCUGGGAUGGAAGACCUUCACCCAACUAUCAGAGCGUAAUACCAGUGUUUCAGAAUGGCCAACAGGAGCAUACUGUGGACUUACUGGAGGAAGCUGAACCAGUCUGUUUGGAAGUGGACUAUUCAGAAAAAUACACACUCAGUGACCUUCUGUGUCACUCUCCACAGAAGGGUCUUCACCCUAUUCGCCAACGUAGCAACAGUGAUGUUACUAUAAGUGACAUUGACUCUGAAGACGUCAUGGAUCAGAAUGCCGUCAACCCAAAUACUGGGGCCUCACUGCACCGUGAGUAUGGUAGCACAUCUUCAAUUGACCGCCAGGGUCUUAGUGGAGAAGGCUUCUUAACCAUGCUUAAAGGUUAUCGAGUGGAAACCCUAGACCAUCGCAACAUACCCCCCAUGAGCUUUCCAGAGUUGCUGCGCUGUGAUGCCUCACUUUCACCUAGCCUGCAAACAGCAGCGCAGAUUGCUCGGGGUGAGAUAAUCCACAUUCCAGGAUAUGACUACAUUGACACUUCUUUUCUCUACAAUAGAGAAAGGGAGAAAUCUUUUAUGAGGCGCCUGAAAUCCGAAUCAUCAGAAACAUCUCUGUUCAGGAAGCUGCGGACCAUUAAGAGCGAGAGUGAUGCUUUGCGACUCUCAAUCGAGGAUGAUCGACGGCCACUUAGCUUCCAAAAAUGCUUUUCUCACUAUGAUGUUCAGAGUGUCCUUUUUAACAUAAGUGAAGCAGUGGCAAAUCGGGCAAACCUAAGUCAGAGAAAGAACACGACUACAGGAGCUUCAGCUGCCUCAGCUGGAGCCCUUACUGGAGCCCUCACUGGAGGUGCAGGUGGAGCUGGUUUGGGACCUAUACCAGGGACAGAUGGUGGAGCAGCAGGGUGUAACAGUGGGAAUGGCCCACUGUUUGAAUCCCCUCUUGGCAGCAGAGAAGAUUUAAACCCUAAAGAGAACCUGGAUGUUGAUGAGGGGGAUGGAAAGAGUAACAACAUGGUGCUAGGCUGUCCACACUUUCGUAAUGAGAUUGGUGGUGAAGGCGAGAGAAAGAUCUCACUCUCCAGGGAAAACAGUGCCAACUACAGUAGUAUGUCCGAAAGCUGCUCUUUCGAAUCAUCAUUAAGUUCCCAUUGCACUAAUGCAGGAGUUUCUGUACUGGAGGUACCUAGAGAAAAUCAGCCGAUCCACCGGGAGAAGGUCAAACGCUACAUUAUUGAACACAUUGACCUGGGAGCAUACUACUACCACAAGUUUUUUUACGGAAAAGAGCAUCAAAACUAUUUUGGUGUGGAUGACCAUCUGGGACCUGUGGCAGUUAGUAUCCGUAGGGAGAGGUUGGACGAUGGAAAGGAGAAAGAUGGAAUGCAGUUCAAUUACAGGGUCACCUUCAGAACCAGCCAGCUGACCACACUUCGUGGAGCCAUCUUGGAAGAUGCCAUUCCAUCAACAGCGAGGCACGGGACAGCGCGUGGCCUGCCCCUCAAAGAAGUGCUAGAGUAUGUCAUUCCUGAACUUAAUAUCCAGUGUCUGAGGUUGGCUCUCAACUCCCCCAAGGUCCCAGAACAGCUGCUGAAGCUGGACGAGCAGGGGCUGAGCUUCCAGCACAAAGUGGGGGUGCUUUACUGCAAGGCGGGUCAGAGCACCGAGGAGGAGAUGUACAACAAUGAGAGUGGCGGACCAGCCCUGGAAGAGUUCUUAGACCUGCUCGGCCAGAGAGUGCGACUCAAAGGCUUCACCAAGUACAGAGCUCAGCUGGAUAACAAGACCGACUCCACAGGCACACACUCGCUCUACACCACUUACAAGGACUACGAACUGAUGUUCCACGUGUCCACAAUGCUCCCGUACACACCCAACAAUCGACAGCAGUUACUAAGGAAGAGGCACAUUGGCAACGAUAUCGUCACCAUAGUAUUUCAGGAGCCGGGGGCCCUUCCUUUCACCCCAAAAAACAUCCGCUCCCAUUUCCAACAUGUGUUUGUUAUCGUCAAGGUCCACAACCCCUGCACUGAAAAUGUCUGCUACAGUGUUGCAGUUUCCAGAUCUAAAGAUGUCCCUCCAUUUGGGCCCCCGAUCCCCAAAUCUGUAACUUUCCCAAAGUCAGCCGUUUUCAGGGACUUCCUGUUGGCUAAGGUCAUCAACGGAGAAAACGCUUCACAUAAGUCAGAGAAAUUUCGAGCGAUGGCCACUCGUACGCGGCAGGAAUACCUGAAGGACCUGGCAGAGAACUUUGUCAGCACAACAGCUAUCGACUCAGCUGUUAAAUUCAGCUUCAUUAACCUCGGCGGCAAGAAGAAGGAGAAGGUGAAACCGAGGAAGGACGCCCAUCUGUUCAGUGUGGGCGCCAUCACCUGGAGUGUCUGUGCAAGAGACUUUGGCCAGUCCAUGGAUGUGGACUGCUUACUUGGCAUAUCUAACGAGUUCAUUGUACUCAUUGAAGAGGAAUCAAAAAAUGUUGUCUUCAACUGUUCGUGUCGGGAUGUGAUUGGUUGGACUUCAGGGAUUAUGAGCAUUAAGAUCUUCUACGAGCGCGGGGAAUGUGUUAUGCUGUCAGCCCACGACAACUGUGGAGAAGACAUCAGGGAGAUGGUGCAAAGACUGGAGAUUGCCACAAGAGGCUGUGAGACGGCGGAUAUCAUCUUGCGUCGGAACGGCCUAGGCCAACUUGGUUUUCAUGUGAACUUUGAGGGAAUAGUGGCUGAUGUGGAGCCUUUUGGCUUUGCCUGGAAGGCGGGCCUGAGACAGGGCAGCAGACUGGUAGAGAUCUGCAAGGUGGCUGUAGCUACGCUCUCCCACGAGCAGAUGAUCGACCUCCUGCGCACCUCUGUCACUGUAAAAGUGGUCAUAAUCCAGCCUUAUGAAGACGGCACCCCCAGAAGGGGAUGCUCCGAGCUGUACCGCAUACCUAUGGUAGAGUACAAGGUCGACAGUGAAGGAACACCCUGUGAGUACAAGACGCCCUUCAGAAGGAACACCACGUGGCAUCGGAUGCCCACAAGUUCUGGUCCACCUUUAUCCAGAAAUUCACCGACACAGGCACCAGAUCGCCUGCAGUGCCAGCAGAUCCUCCAACAGCACCAGGCGGUGAUUCCUCGAAGCACCUCCUUUGACAGGAAGCUUCCGGAUGGGUCCAGGAUCCUGCAGGAUAUUGAGAAUCCUCAGGUGGCCUUAUGUAACAAGGGAGACCCUCACUAUCGCAGCUCCCCCAGUAACCAGUCCUCCUCCAGUGAUCCAGGACCCUGUGGCAGCAGCAGCACCUGGUCCCAGCAGCCUGGAUAUGAUGGGUGUCCCUCGCCUAUUCUUCACGAGCGUGCAGGAGAUAUGCAGAGUACAGAUGUAGAGAUCCACAGGGAGCCCACACUGGAGAGGACCAGAUCUGCAGAGGCCAAAUGGCACAUCCCGUCCACCAAGAUCCUCAAUCCUCUGAAGCAAAGAGAAGGAGGAAAGGACUCACCCAACAAGCUGUCCAGGACUGGAGACAAAAACUCAAGCCAUUCAAGUAGCAACACCUUGUCCAGCAAUGCCUCCAGUAACAGCGAUGACAAACACUUUGGUUCUGGAGACCUGAUGGACCCAGAGAUGCUGGGCCUAACGUAUAUCAAAGGGGCAUCUACAGACAGUGGCAUUGACACUAAUCCCUGCAUGGCCCCCGGGGCAAGAGUGCUGUUGCAGGGCAGGAUGGGAGAACAGGGAAACCCUUGGGUGUCAGAGCAGCAUGAGGACAGGGCAUCAGAAGAGGAUCAUGGGAAGCUGUACUUACCACAGGGAUACGCUUCUGCCAUUUUAUCCAGUCGUGGGACAGAGGGCAGCAUCGGAGACCUGAGCGAGAUUUCAUCCCAUUCAAGUGGCUCACAUCACUCUGGCAGUCCGCUCGCACGUGGGGCCAGAUACCACAUAUCAGCUGACUCCUCCAAGGUGUACACCAUUCCUCAGAACAGCAGUUCAGGGUCAGACUCACGACAGGGGUCCAUCUCAGAGGCCUGUGGACAGACAAAGCCUGAACCUGAACUGUCCGUGAACGUGAAGCCCUCUGACGAUGAUGAUGAACAUGAGGAAGCCCAGGGCAUUGAGGGCCCUCCUGACAUUUCAGGGUGUGGGCAGCUGUAUGCACAGGAGGCCGCCUGUCGGCCCCAGGUUGCUGAGCGUGAAGGAAAAUCACUGCAGAGACUCUCCAAAGAAGAAUACCUUAAACUAAUGCUGUCUGACAGCCUUCCAAGAGAGGACAGAUGUCGGAAGGUAUCAGUGAUGGGCAGUUUGUCACCCAGACGGUCCCUUUACCGGACACUGUCAGACGAGAGUGUGUGCAGUAACAGGAAGGGCUCUUCAUAUACCAGCUCACAUAGCUCCAUGCUGGAACAUGCCAUGCCUAAUGAUAUCCUGUUCAGCACCACUCCACCUUACCACAGCACGCUGCCUCCUCGCAUGGUCCACAACCAGGGAGCAUCCAACCUGAGAAAUGAAUUUUGGUUUUCUGACGGCUCGUUGGCGGACAGGUCCAAGUUCAGCGACCCGGGCCUCAUGCCCCUCCCAGACACUGCCUCAGGCCUGGACUGGUCCCACCUGGUUGAUGCAGCCCGAGCCUUUGAAGAUCAGCGCGUGGCUUCUUUUUGCACCAUGACGGACAUGCAGCGGGCCGAGGCUCUGCAGAUCUCCAGAGAGCUGACCAGACGAGUGGCGGAGGCGGAGGGAGCUGCACUGGAAGCAGACUCUGCGUCCUCACUAACUGGCAAAGUCAACCAGCUGGAGGUGAUCCUCAGGCAGCUGCAGCUGGACCUCAGAAAGGAGAAAGAGGACAAGGCCAUGUUGCAGGAGGAGGUGCAACACCUGAGGCAGGACAACAUGCGGCUGCAGGAGGAGAGCCAGACGGCAGCAGCUCAGCUCAGGAAGUUCACAGAGUGGUUCUUUCACAGCAUCGAUAAGAAACCUUAAAAAAACAGAGGAGCUGCAGAACAACAGCCAGAGAUGAAAGACGGCCUCGGCUUCUACUGGACAUCCACCGCACUGCAACUAUGGCUCCUAAAAGAUCUGAAGGCAACAAACUGAGGAGCGAGCCGCCUGUCCUCAACCAGGGUGCUGUUGUGUUGUGAUCACUGAGAGUGAACAGUGGUGUCCAACAUAGACCUGCCUGUCCUAGUCAUUUGAAAAUCUGUAAAUGUCAAGCUCAUCCAAAGGUAUAAAACAAUGGUCUGCAACCUGUGGCUCCGUAACCCCUUGGCUUUGGUUCCAUGUAGGAUUUAGGAUUUUUUUUUACCAAAUUUACUGCUUUUCCAUCAAAAAGAAACAUUGACUGAAACUGAAAUCAAGUUUGAACAAAUUUUACUUUUUGCAGCUGGAUGCUACUAGAACAACAUACUGUUACUGCCCUCUUCUACCUGAGCCAGUUGUGAAAUGUUCACAGCAAUGCAGGAAAAAGGAGCAAUGUUGACAUGUGUGACAUCGAGGGAAUUGGCAUGCUGCGUUAUUUCCUGUGAGAAAAACAAAAACAAACUGUUUCAUUUAUGUAAUUCAGUAUAAUUAUUAAACCUGACUAAAGUAUUUUAAACACCGUACAAUGCCCUGUCAACAUUAUAAAAGCUGAACUGCCUGUUCAGAUCUUGAUCAAUUCUAGUUUUUUUUAUGUUAAAGGUUGCAGACCCUUGAUGUCGGAGCUUUAAGGAGUUUUAAGCUGAGGACACACUACAAGAUUUUUACCGCCCUAACUACUAUCUCUGUUUAGCCUUACAAAUAAUGUCAUCUGUGAUCCCUUUGUCAGAUAAGUUCUAGUUCUGUUUCAGUCGUAGCUCCUGCUGUCAUUGUGUACUACACUGUCAUUGUGUGUACUCCAGGUCGUGUAGUGUGUCCCCAGCUUUGAAUCCUAACUUUUAUUCGGCUCAAAAUAUAAUUUCCAUGACAAACAGUUCCUCACUGUUGCAGAGUUUUGGAUUGUUGGAACCCUGCUCAUUCAACACUCACAGUUGUGUCUCGUGUUGCCCGUCAGUGGUAAUGAUAUUUUGAGCAUUUUGAACUAGUACAGUCACUUGGUCUGUGAUGGACGUCAUUUUCUUCUUUUCCUACUGAGAGCAAACUUUGAGAACAAACAACAACAGUAUCAACUGUCGACAGCAGGAUUUCAUCUUCGACACAAACCAACUCCGACCCCCUGGGAAAUAUGGACUUUUCUUUAAACGCCUCAGAUUGCGAGACUGCCGUGCAGCUGUGUGUGGAGUUUGGACGCUUUGAUCUGAACGUCAGCCUGGAGAUGCUGCUCUGUUUGACAGCCUAGAGCUGACUUCUUUAUUAACAGUCUCUCCACACUGGCAUUAAAAAAAGAAAAAAGAAAAAGAAAAACUCUUAUGGAAAUAUCCUCACGUCUGAGCUGAGCAGCCCCGCCCGGGUCCCUGAGAUCUUCUUACAGUAGUGGAAUGUAAAGCUCAUUUACUGUAGUCAACAUAUAAUCUACCUACAUAUGUCACGUCAGUCUACUGAACUGUAUCCUCAGCUGUACUGUACCAUAACCGCACACAACGUCAAACAGCUGUUUCUGCGGCCAGCUUUCAUAAACACAGUGAAGUAAGGAGGGGGGGGACACAAGGUGGAGGGAGGCCGGGGUGAGGAAUGUACUGGACAUGAUGAAGUGAUACUUACUGUCUCCCCGCACCACGAGGAGUCCACACGUGUAGGUCUGGUGGAGUACCAUCGAGGGAACCAUGAAUGUAGCUCAACUCAAGAUCCCUUAUUUUUCCUUUUUUCUCCGGAGUCCCUCAACAGUCACUCAAGUUUCAAGGUUUUUGAUGUUCUGUGGGGGCCAUUUUGUUUUCCUCUCUGAAUUAAUUCCACGUCUUUCUUUUCCCUGUGUCGUAUUGUAGGGUCACAUGGCAGUGGUUUUGAUGUUUCAAGGUGCUUUCGUUGUCCCUACAAACUCGUUCUUUGUCAGUAGUUUCUCAUUCACUGUCACAAUGUCCUAGCAAUAACAAAGUGGUAGUUACAAAACUGUGUUAAAAAGAAAAAAAUAAGUUAGCACAAAGGUGACGAGUUCCUGCGGAGAGGAAGUUGUAUUUGACAUGUAUUUAUAAAACAGGAAGAGACUGUGCCUAAAACUCUCAGUUGUAUAUGGAUUGUUGAACUUUGCUUUUGGUUGUUUUUAUAAACACAAGCCUUGUCUGUGGCUCACUGAUGUAGACGUGUGUGUGUGGAAGGUGUGUGUGUGUGUGUGUGCCCGUCUGUCUGCGCAGAUGUGUGUGGAUGUGUGUCUGUUGGGGGGGGGGUCGUUUCACAGCGAAUUGUGUUCUUAUGCAGUGGUUUGUAUAGCAUUAGAGCAGACGCCAGUGAACCCCACGUCGAUGCCAAAUGUGUUUAUUUCUGUACAUAUCUGCCACAGAAGUGUCUUGUAUUUAACACCAUUAUUUAAGCUUAUUUAACCUAAAGUUGUUUAUUUUAUUAAAGUUAUUUGUUCCGGAGGUUCUUUUCUGCACUAAGGAGAGAUAAAAAGCUCUGUAUGUUGUAAAGUGUGUAGCUUGCCAGGGCAAAAGAAUAUAUAUAUUUAAAUAUAUAACUGAUGAUUUUUGAAGAUUCCAACAUUUGGAUGCUGCUAGAAUACAAUUUGCUGGUUUGUAUGCUUUUAAAUCUUCUCUCUCUGUCGGCCGUCUCAUCGCCAGUGGGACGCCGGUUGCUUUUGUGUUGUUUUCGUUUCGAUUUUUUAAAUAAAUGUAGAUGUAAAAAAUA